GCUGCUAACAAAGCAAGCGACGAAAAGUUCUCAGAGUUCUCUCGUUGUAACGCACUUAAAAUGAGCAUUCGCAAUUAUCUGGAGAGAUUCAUUCUGCUCACUUGGAAGCUGAACAAGACACAAUGGAACCGCAAAAUUGAGCUACUCUGGCUGGUGUUUGCCCCAACGUUGCUCUGCAUCAUUGCGGUUGCCAUGCGAAUGCAGAUCGAUGUAUCGCCAAGAUUUAAUCAUCUUUACGAUCCGAUUGAUCUCGAUAAGAGCUGGACGAAUUUGAUUGACACACUCCUCGAACGGGAAAAGAUACGCGCAGAGAGUAAUAUGAGUAAUAAUGUGUUUGUUCCGCAAUUGGUGAUUGCCUGGGCGCCCAAGGAUUAUAAUCUAUUUCAUAAGAUUAUCAAUUUAACGUCAACGGAAUUGCCAAAGAUGGAGUUCAAGCAUUAUGCGUCGUGUGAACAAGUCAUCGAUGCAAUGACCCAAGAUUCGUUAUUCUCGGGCAUUUGUUUCGAUAAGAGCAUGACUGAUAAGAAUUUCAAUUUUGAUGAAAAUCGUAUCGAUGAUGAUGUGUUGAUACCGCACUUUAACUACACCAUCAUAUUCCCGAGUGAGUUGCGCAUUUUCAGUGGCAGCUUUCUGGGCAACAAUUGGAAGACCAUCUACAAUGAUGAUCCCAAGACGAGCAUUGUCCGACGCCUCAAUAAUCCACAUAGCGAUGGUGAUGUUUGCUACGUUCUUGAGGGUUUCAUUAAAAUACAAAAGGCCAUCUCAGAGAAUUAUCUAAGGAUUGCCAGCCAGAAAUCGAUUCCGAAAAUAAUUCUGCGUCGCUUUCCCGUCGAUGGUCGCGUUCAGGAUCCGUUGAUGAACUAUAUUAAUCGCGGUCUCCCCUUGCUCAUUGUCGUUGGCUAUAUGUUUCAGGCUCAGAUACUUGUCUGGCAAAUUGUGCAGGAUAAACAGCAACAGAUGCGCCUUUUUCUCAUUAACAUGAAAAUCAGCAACUUUAUCCAUUUCACUGCCUGGUUCGUCAAGGGUUUAAUCUACAGUCUUAUCAGCACUUUCUUUGUUACGCUUGUUGUUAAGGUGCACUGGAAUAACGAGCACAGUCUGCUGACACAGACACCGUGGCACAUUGUGGUCCUAGUUCUGUUCACCUAUAAUGUGGCCGGGACUAGUUUCAGCCUGAUGAUGGCCUCGUUCUUCAAGAACAGCGGACUGGCCAUUCGAGUGCUGACCAUAGUGUGGCUGCUCACCUACAUACCGUUCUUUGUGCUGUGGAACAAUCGCGAGCAGGGGGUGAAGAUCAUUCGCUAUGCCUCGCAAGCGUUGCCCAACACCGUGCUUGCGCUCAUCUGCGAGGGGAUCAUUGAGCGUGAGGUGAUCUUCGAUAAGAAAUGGGUCGAUGAGGGCUAUGCCUUGGACUCUGCCGGCGAUCGCGUUCAUGUCUAUUCGGGUUCGAUCAUAUUCCUGAUCAAUGCGCUCGUCUUUUGCGCCAUCGGCAUCUAUAUGGAUGUGUGGAACACUGGCGAAUCAGGCGGGACGCGCAAACGUCACAUUCCGGCGCCGACACACAGCGGUGACUUUACGUUUCAGGAUCGUGACGAUAGCUUUAUGCCGCAGGGCUCACAGGCGGCCGGCAUUAAGGCCACCAAGAUCUAUGAGGUGGAGCCGUCGCAUCGCCGCUUCAAAAUCAAAAUCAAGAAACUGUGCAAACGUUAUACGGCCAACAGCCGUGGAGCACUCAACUCCUUCACCUGGAAUGUGUACGAGAAUGAGGUCACGGUGCUCAUGGGCCACAAUGGUUGCGGCAAGACGACGCUGCUGAAGAUCUUGGCGGGUCUGUUGGAGCCAACGCGUGGCCUGGUCAUGAUCGCCGAUUAUAAUAUACAAACGGAGCGACAAGAUGCAACCAUGCAAUUGGGUUUGGCAUUGAGCAAUAGUUUUCUGGUGCCCGAUUUCACCGUCUCCGAUCAGAUACGCUUCAUUUGUCUGGUCAAAGGCGCCUCCCGGUCGAUGGCCACCCAAGAGAUCGAUCUGUACACACAGCGCUUGCAAUUGGAGAACUUCAAGCAAACAAAAGUCAAGAAUCUGAGCGCACAACAUCGAAGUCUACUUUCCAUUGCUUGUGCUUUUGCUGGCGGCAGUCCGAUCAUACUGAUCGAUGAUCUGCACUGUGAUCUCGAUUUGCCGUCGCAUUCGCUCAUCUGUGCCCUCAUCAACGAGGAGAAAUCACGUCGCACCAUCAUCUUGGUGUCGAACUCAACGGCGCUGGCCAAUCAUCUGGCCGAUCGGUUGGCGAUCAUGUCCAAUGGCGAGCUUAAGUGCACGGGCACCAAGCCCUUUCUGCGCAAUAUGUACGGUCAUGGCUUUCGAUUGACACUUGUCAAGGGCAAGUCUUUUGAUUUCGAGGCGCUGAGUAAUCUCUUGACCAAAUAUCUUCCAAGUCUAACGAUGGAGAGCGACAUUGGCUACAAAGUGACGUUUGUGCUGGAGAAUAAAUACGAGGAUAAGUUUUCCGAUCUAUUCGAUGAACUCGAAGACGAGAUGGGCAAUCUGGAUAUUGUUAGCUUUCGUUUGCGUGACACAUCAUUGGACGAUAUAUUUUUGCGCUUCGGUUCCGAGGAGGGCGAUAUGACACCCGAGCCGGCGACACUGAUCGAGGACUAUAAACUGGUUGUCGAGGAUAGCGACAUCAAUGUUAAGGCAACGGGAAAGAAAUUAAUUUUAUUGCAUUUGUAUACAUUGCUGUACAUGCGUUGGGUCUUCAAUAAGCGACAAAUACCCAUUCAAAUUAUUUCUAUGGCCGCUUUGCUAUUUGCCACCACUUGCACAUUUUCUGCGGUCUUGAUCUAUGGCAAAAAUUAUGAGCUGACAUCUUUGUCCUUCAAUCUCACGCAGUUCAAGUUUAUCAAUGCAUUUGUCGAGAUCCUUUCGGAGAAUGUCGAUGUCCUCGAAAUGCAAGAGUUCUUCAACGAGUUGCUCUUCUGGUACGAUGGCAACGUAAAGAUCGUCAAUACCGAGGACAUUAACGAUUACUAUCUGCUGCAGCAGAAUGAUUUCACCAAAGUGGUGAACUUUAAAUACAUGUUCGGUGCCUCGUUCAGCAGCGAUUUGAUAACCGUGUGGUUCAACAACAUUCCCUUGCAUGCUGCGCCCUUUGGCCUCAAUCUGGUGCACAAUGUUGUGGCAAGACGCUUCUUUCACGAUGAGGCCUCAAUUGAUGUGGCCCUACGUCCGCUGAAAUUUCAAACGGUCGCCAACACAAUACCUCAAUCGCCGCUCUCGCUGGGCAGCCUGAUGGCGAUCAAUCUCUCGUUUAUACUCGGCAUAAUGUGGGCUGGUCUGGCGGUUAGCACAAUACUGGAGCGCACAUUCAAGAAGCAACAGUUUGUUGCUGGCGUAAAGCUGCACAUCUAUUGCAUAGCUCUGUUGUUCUUCGAUAUGGUGCGAAUUAUCGUCAUCAGCUUUGUUCUGAUUGUGGUUAUAGCCUUCUAUGCGAGUCCAACGAAACACGACUACUCGCUUUAUGGUUGGAUCUUUUUGGUGGUGGUUCUGUCAAGCAUUUCCAUAGUGACAUUAUCGUACUUUUUGUAUGCGAUAUUCAAGGAACCAAACUAUGCAUUCAUUAUCAUCUGUCUGUACAAUCUGUUGGGUAUUAUUAUAUUCACAAUCAGUGUGGGCGACGAACUAUCCGAUAUGAAUAAUAUCUAUCAACCGCUGAUACAAUAUACAUUUGGUGAGAUCAUCUUUAAGCUGUUAUAUCUUUACGACUACAAAUGGAUGUGUCAAGAUCCCACGGUGGAGUUUGUAUCUCGGGACAUUCUAAAGUGUCGCAGUACUCCAAAUUGUUGCAUUCAGUACAACUACUUUUCGCGUGAGUAUGGAAUGAUGUUUGAUAUGUUCAUUCUAGCUCUGGGCAUUUUUCUACCCUUGCUACUCUUCGUACUCGAGGAGCAAUACAUGCUGAUGACCAACGGCUGCGCUGGCAUGCCAUUAAAGUGUAUGCGUGAUCGCAACGAGAAGCGACAUCGCCGGCGACAGUGGCGAAAACUGCAACAACAUCGCCGCCAUCUUGGGAGUGAUGGCAACUAUUUGGUCGAUGAAUCGGUGUUGGCCGAGCGACUUCGUGUCGACAAGUUAACCGAUCAACAGCGAGCCGAAUUGGUUGUUGUCUGUCAUGGCUUGGGCAAGAGCUAUCGUCGCAAGGCUGUCCUCAUACGCAUCGAUUUGUGCAUUGAAAAAUCGGAGUGCGUUGGCCUAUUGGGUUACAAUAAUACGGGGAAAAGCACUUUAGUCAAGCUACUUGUGGCCGAAACAAUGAAAUCGCAAGGCAAACUCUGGAUUGGCGGUUACAACAUGGACACGCAUCGAUCCAAAUGCUACUCCCUAAUAGGCUACUGCCCACAGAUGCAGAAUUUUCCAGCGAAAUUUACGCCACGCGAACUCAUGUUCAUACACGCCCGUCUGCAUGGAUUAUCGAAAAAGGCGAGCACACAAAUCUGCGAGGGAUUGGCGCAUUUGUUGGGCUUCUUUCAGUGCUAUCGGCAAUUGAUAUCGCUCUGCACCACCGGCCAGCAGCGACGCAUUGGCUUCGCCUUGGCCAUCUUGGGUGAUCCGCUGUUAAGCUGCAUCGAUGGACCGCCCGGUGGCAUUGAUCCCAUUGGCAAGCGUAUCUUAUACAGCCUAACAUCCUAUAUGCAGCAACGUGGCUGCAGUUUUCUCUACACAAACCUCAGCGCCUCGGACUGUGAGCGCAUGUGUCAGCGCACCCCGGUGCUCUUCGAUGGUCAGCUGUGGACAAUGGGCGCCCAGGAGGAACGCUAUCGUUCCGGUUAUUUGCUGGAGGUGCUUUUCAAGCGUAAGAUCAACAUGGAUAUCACCACCGCACGCUACACUUGGGAUCGCAUCAAUCAGUUUCCGGCAUCGCCACACAAAAAACUCGAACUCUUUAUGCAAAUGAAAUUUCCAGACGCAACGCUGCAGCAUCUGGAGCAGGAGUCCAUGUCGUUUUUGCUGUCCAGCGAUACGACAAAUUUCUCGGAAAUCUUUCUCGCCAUACGACGCGAUGUCUUUGAAUUGAACAUUGAGGACUUCUACAUAACACGCAAUGUGGUCAGCGGCAUUCAUGUGAAUCUAUUCGAUCGCUUGGCAUUGCGUUCAGGUCGUGCCACAACUGACAACUGAAGAAGCAGCCCUCAACAAACAUGAUUUUUUGUGUUAAACUUAUUUUUCUGUAAUAAUACAAUGUUUAA